UCCCUCUGCUAUUCUUACAGAAUAACAGAGAAUAAGUAAUGGCAAGGCAAUUUCUAGCUUUGAUCGUCGUCUUUUUCUUCCUCCAUUGGUGGGAAACAAAUGCUCAAGCUCCGGCACCGCCGUCUGGUCCAACAAACAUCAGUGCGAUUCUUGAGAAAGCUGGUCAGUUCACCACCUUCAAUCGUCUGUUGGGUAGCACACAAGUGGCUAACCAAAUCAACACACAGCUCAACAACUCCAACCAGGGACUCACCAUCUUCGCACCUACAGACAACGCUUUCAAUAACCUAAAAGCCGGAACCCUAAACUCCCUUUCCGAUCAACAGAAGGUCCAGUUGGUUCAGUUCCAUAUUCUCCCUACUUUCCUCUCCGUGUCGCAGUUUCAAACCGUCAGCAACCCUCUUCGCACGCAGGCUGGAAACAGUAACGGUGGCCAGUUUCUGCUCAAUGUUACAACUUCGGGGAAUCAAGUGAAUUUGACGACGGGUGUUGUUGAUGCAAUGGUGGCUAACACAGUGUAUACUGAUAAGCAGUUGGCUGUUUAUCAGGUGGACCAGGUGCUGCUUCCUUUGGAUCUUUUUGGGUUGUCAUCGUCGCCGGCGCCGGCGCCAUCGCAACUGGAGAAGACUGUUCCGGUUUCAGCUCCGAAAGGGUCUUCGUCGGCUGGCGCAUCUGUUGAUUCGUCUAUUGCAGCGAGCUUAAACUGCAAUGUAUUGGCGAUGGCGUCCACUGGGAUUGCAAUUUUGGCAGCGGCAUCUUUUUGGCUAUGAUUUAUUUAAAAAAAAAAAAAA